UCAUCUCUAAAUAAUACAAACGGACAUCUUUUCCCCAGAAUAAAACACAAAGGCGAAUGUAAACGGAACUGUAUAAAUAAAAGUUUAUAAAUCUGAUAGUGAAAAGUAGAGGUUAUAAUGAAACCUGUAGUUAGCUUGUGUGAGGUGUAACUGAUUUAGCGAAAGUCAUUUAUUUUUUUUAUUCUAACAUAUUGCUUUAUAUUCGGUAUAAUUAAAACAUUUUAAAUGGCAAAUAACAUCACGACGACUUUGUGGAAAACAACUGUGAUUAUCAGUUCUUCCCUUCAGAAUAGUGAGAUUUCAGUGCUACUUUCAGCACAGAAACACCUGCUCCGUUACUCAGACAGUAUUGAAGCUGGUUCACUGGUCUUCCCUCUUUCAGGUGCAGCGUUCUUGUUGAUCACCCCAGAAGAGUUUCCUAAAAAGGCUGAGUGUGCAUUUUUUCAAAGGAUUGAAAAGUUUGUCCAGGUCCACCGAAACAGCUUUCUUUUGCUCCAGGCUCCAGCAUAUGGCACAAGAGAAUUAGAGGUUGUGUCUGCAGUUCAGAACAGAUUCUUUGGCAGUAAUCUCAAAGUAUUACCUGUCCAGAGUAAUGUGGACGCUGUGAAGGCAAUGCUGACCAUUGCUAAAGCCACCAGUAAACCACAUGUGGAUAGUGUGCGGGAGCGGAUGCAUUCAGCUCGAGCCCACAUCAUCGAACACAGCCUUGAAACGUUGUUUAAAAAAGUGUAAAAUGAAAUUUAAAGUUAUUUCGAUCACCUCA